AUGAUGGGUGGAGUUUGUGAAAUAUGCUUAGAGGAUAUAAAAUAUAAGUGUUCAUUAAAAUGUGGCUGUGUUUUUUGUUUAGGAUGUAUUUAUAGAUAUUUAUUUGAUCAUGAUAAAUGUCCUAAGUGUAGAGCGGAGUUCAAUACUAUUUACAGCUUAAAAGUUCACUGCGAAAGAAUAAACAAAUCAAUUUUACCAAACAAAAUAGGUAAGUUAACAGAAAGAAAUUUAAAAACAGUUCUUAAAUUAUACAAUAUAAACGUAAAGUGUGGGUUUAAAGAACUUAAAGAAUUAUACAAAGAGUUAUUAGUAAUAACCAAUAUAGAGUCAUAUAAAGAAGAAUCAGUUGAUAUUACACGAAAAGAUAUAGCAAUUAAAGUACAUAAAAGCUUUUAUAAUAACAAAAAGAAAUUUUCAAUAAAUGAAAUUAUAAAGGCUGCUCAACAAUUACACAUAAAAGUAUUUUUUAAAAUAAAAAACAGUUUGUUAUUUUAA